UACGUGCCCGCCGGUAGAAUCAAGUCCGAGAAUGGCUCCGAGCGCGGUGUCUCACCUCACCCUUCGGAUCCCUCGUCACGUUAUUCGUCUCAAGCUCCCCCUGCCAUUCAUCCCGCUGCCUAUCCACCUCAGGGUCUAAACAGCCUUGGUCCUGGCAUGCGCUACCCCUCGCCUUCUCAGUUGCACCAGCAGAUGCCCUUGAUUCAACAUACGUAUCACCCUACCUCGAAUGACCCAGCAUAUGCUCAACCACCCAUGAACGCAGCCCCACCGCCGGUUCAAGAUCAACAACCCCAACAAGAAACUACUCAGCGUAGUGCUGGAAGUGGCCUCCCCAAGGCUUUUGCAUGCUCGACUUGUGGCAAGGGAUUUGCUCGUAGAAGUGAUCUCGCCAGACAUGAACGUAUUCACAGCGGAGUACGCCCCCACGUCUGUGAUUAUCCGGGCUGUGGAAAGCAGUUCAUUCAGCGCUCUGCUCUCACAGUGCACUCUCGCGUCCACACUGGAGAAAAGCCUCACAUGUGUGAGCGCUGCGGCAAGCCCUUCAGCGAUUCCUCGUCUCUCGCGCGUCAUCGCAGAAUCCAUUCUGGCAAGAGACCUUACAAGUGCCCCUACGCCGACUGCCAAAAGACCUUUACGCGUCGCACAACUCUGACGCGUCACCAAAACCACCACACUGGCACCAUUGAAGAAUCAGCUGCAGCCACUGCUGCAGCCUUGGCUUCGCGUGCCUCGAUGCAGACGCGUGGAUCGCGUUCGGAUGGAGAAGAAUACUCGGAGAACAAGUCGCCAAUGCCUACUCCCUCCCCUCACGACCGCCCCGUCUCUGUUUCACCCGCUGGUGGUAUGAACGGUGUUGCUGCACUUCAGCGUUCUACUUCGGACUACUACAUGAACGCCAUGAAUGGCGGCAUGACCAUGCCUCCCCACAUGCGCAACGAGAUGGCUACACACAGCCCACGUUCCGCCUCUCCAGCCAACUCCCACUACUCGAUGCCCAGCUCAGCCAGUCAAGCUCGUCAGCCUUUGACUUCUCACCCAGGUGCAUACCCCCUGCCUUCGACUCUGGAACCCCCUACCACAAACCCCCCAAGCCAGAAUGGCAGCGUUGGUGGUAGCCCCCACAUGGGUGGUUCGGGCUGGCAGUCUCCUGCUCACCAAUCUAUCGGUGGAGCUCAGCAAGCCGACUACUCGUACCCUGAUCCCAACACUCAGCAGUACGUUCAGAACGCGCAGAACCUGUAUUACCAAAACCAAAACAUGCGCCGCCCUCAGAGCACGGAUCCCAUGGAUCCUUACCACGCGCAACGCAUUGGCCACGUAGGUCAGGAGCUCUGGGCU